CCACUUGAGGGAACGGCUUCCACUUGGGACGGAAAAGCGCCGUUUCCUGUCUGGAGGUAGAGGUUCUAGAAAGGAGAGAGGCCGGGGUGGGACUCACCCUGCCACGGGCUCAGCAGAUGUCCCCUGCCCCCCGCAGUGCACGUGCCGGAAGGACAUGGUCAAGAUCUCCAUGGACGUGUUCGUGCGCAUCCUGCAGCCAGAGCGGUAUGAGCUGUGGAAGCAAGGCAAGGACCUGACGGUGCUCGACCACACCCGGCCCACGGCCCUGAGCAGCCCAGAGCUGAGCACCUGGAGCGCCUCCCGGGCCUCACUCAAGGCCAAGCUCCUACGCAGACAAAUUAGUCUGAAAGAAAACAGACACUGGAGAAAGACUGAGGAGGACAGAAAGGCCAGUCUAGAAAGGAAGAAAGAGCAGACCAGGAGGCCGGGGCCGCCGUCCCACCGGAAAAGGAGCCAGCCUAAGAAGCCCAAACCGGAAGACCCUAAGUCGCCAGGGGAGGGGGCCACCGGGGCCACCCUCCUGGAGGAGCCUGGCGGCCUGAAGGAGGAGGCCUCGCAGGAGGCGGACGCCGAGGAGGAGGAGGAGGAGCCGCAGUCAGCGCCACCGCAGGGUCGGGAGGCUGAGGCCAUGGAAGAAGACGGGAGGGGCAAGCUGCGGCCGGCCAAGGCCAAGAGCGACAGGAAGAAGAAGGGCUAUGGUCCUCCGCAUCCCCACCACCCCCUCUUGCCCCAGCUGCCGCUGCCCCCACCCACCCAGUUCCCUGCCGAGGAGGUGCCCAGACUGCCGCCCCCGCUGGAGCCCCCGGCACUGGCCCCGGGCCCCGCGCCAGCUGAAGAGAACCCCCCACCGCCACCUCUCAACGUCGUGCCCCCCGAGGCACCCGGCGAGGAGCCGGAGGUGAAGCCGCGCCCCAUCAUCCCCAUGCUGUACGUGGUGCCACGGCCCGGCACGGGGUGUGACAAGGGCCGCGUGUCCUGCCAGCAGGCCUUUGAGCACUUUGCCCAGAGGGGCCCCACCUGGAAGGAACAGGCGGCCCCCAUGGAGCUGACGGGUCCCGAGGAGGAGAGCGGAGCCAGCGAGGUACAGGCGCCACCCACGUUCUCCAAACUGAAGAUGGAGAUCAAGAAGAGCCGGCGUCACCCCCUGGGCAAGCCGCCCACCCGCUCCCCGCUGACCGUGGUCAAGCAGGAGGCCUCGAGUGACGAGGAAGCCUUCCCUUUCUCCGGGGAGGAGGACAUGAGUGACCCCGAGGCCUUGAGGUCUUUGCUCUCCCUGCAGUGGAAGAACAAGGCUGCCAGUUUCCAGGCCGAGAGGAAGUUCAACGCGGCGGCUGCCCUGACCGAGCCCUACUGCGCCAUCUGCACUCUCUUCUACCCUUACAGCCAGUCCCUACAGACCGAGAAGGAGGCUCCCCAGGCCUCCCUCGGGGAGGGUCCCUCGGCUGCUCCUCCUUCCAAAAGUGGCCAGAAGACACGGCCGCUGAUCCCCGAGAUGUGCUUCACCUCCAGUGGUGAGAACACGGAGCCCCUCCCCGCCAAUUCCUACAUUGGGGAUGACGGCACCAGCCUGCUGAUUGCCUGUGCCAAGUGCUGUCUGCAGGUGCACGCCAGUUGCUACGGCAUCCGCCCCGAGCUGGUCAAUGAGGGCUGGACGUGUUCCCGGUGCACGGCCCACGCCUGGACUGCGGAGUGCUGCCUCUGCAACCUCCGGGGAGGAGCCCUGCAGAUGACAACCGACCGGAGGUGGAUCCAUGUGAUCUGUGCCAUCGCCGUCCCCGAAGUGCGCUUCCUGAACGUGAUGGAGCGCCACCCCGUGGACAUCAGCGCCAUCCCCGAGCAGCGGUGGAAGCUGAAGUGCGUGUACUGCCGGAAACGGAUGAAGAAGGUGUCGGGAGCCUGCAUCCAGUGCUCCUGUGAGCACUGCUCCACGUCGUUCCACGUGACUUGCGCCCACGCCGCCGGGGUCCUCAUGGAGCCGGACGACUGGCCUUACGUUGUGUCUAUCACCUGCUUCAAGCACAAGUCCGGGGGCCACAGCAAAAUGUUUGCCACCCCUGCCCCAUGA